AUGAGAGAGUCGAAUUUGGAAAUAAAUAGCGUACCAGAACAUAAAACGGAAAAUUUGUCAACCAUUUUAACCCAAAUAGCAAAAACCGUUGACUGCCUUAUUGGAGAUGAAGAUAUUUAUCAUGUAACCCGAGUUGCUAAGCUAAACAAGGACAGUGACCGGCCUCGCAUGGUUAUUGCUAAGCUCCGCAGCCCCCGACAUCGAGAUGCCAUGUUGGCUGCUGUUGCCAAAUUUAACAAAAGUAACCCAAAAGAAAAACUGUCAACCCAACAUCUUGGUAUGGCGGGUCCGACAAAGCCUGUGUUUGUCUCUGAGCACUUACCACCAGCUAUCAAGUCCCUGCACGCAGCAGCUCGCAUCAAGGCCAAGAAGGAAGAUUACAAAUUCGUAUAG